AGAGAGAGAGACGGCGGGUUAUAACAACUUUCUCUCAGCUGUGGAAAAGACAUUUGGUGUUUGAUCGCGCGACAGACGAGGUCUGCACCAGGAACAGUAACAAGGAAAAGUGAUAUUUCACAAAUCUUUCAGUUUAGCUGAAGUCUGUGAGCACCACCCUGUCAGGAUGUUGAACCAAGAAGACAUGGAUUAUGGAAAUGCCACAUAUGAAUACUUGGAUUAUUAUGUUGAAGAACCCAAAUCUGAAGGGUACAGUCAACGAGAAGGUCUUCAUAUUGCAUCGGUGAUCAUCUACAGUCUGGCCUUUACUCUGGGUCUCAUUGGGAAUGGAUUGGUUAUCUGGGUGACCGCCUUCAAAAGCAAGAGGACCGUGAACAGCAUUUGGCUUCAGAAUCUGGCCAUAGCCGACUUCGUGUUCGUGCUUUUUCUGCCGUUCUCUAUCGACUAUGUGCUACGAGACUUUCAUUGGCUUUUUGGGAAGACCAUGUGCAAGCUGAACUCGUUCAUCUGCACAAUGAACAUGUACGCCAGCGUGCUUUUUCUCACCGUCCUCAGUUUGGAUCGCUACAUCUCGCUGGUCCACCCGAGCUGGUCGCACAAGUUCCGCACCCUCCGUCGGGCCUGGUGGGCGUGCGCGCUGAUUUGGAUCGUGUCGUGCUGCUUAAGCUGUCCGGCUCUAAUAUUCCGGGAUACGAUCGUACAUAACAAAAAAACAGUGUGUUUCAAUAACUUUCACGAUUCGAACGGGCACAUCGUGGCGAUGAGACACAUCGCCAUCGUGUCUGUGCGUACAGCUGUCGGUUUCCUUCUUCCAUUCACUGCCAUCACCGUUAGCGGCGUGCUGCUGGCCUGUAAGAUGCGCCGGUCCAAUUCGGUGCGCUUCUCCAGUUUCUCACGAACCGUCUCUGCUGUGAUUCUGGCGUUUUUCCUCUGUUGGGUCCCGUUUCACACCUUCAGUCUGAUGGAACUGAGCAUGCACCACACCAGCUACCUGCACUCGGUACUAAGGGUGGGUUUUCCUCUUGCCACCAGCCUGGCCUUCUUCAACAGCUGUGUCAACCCCAUCCUCUAUGUGCUGCUAACCAAGAAGGUCCGAAAGCUUGUGCAGAGGUCGUGUCUGAACUUCACUAAGACCUCGCUGAGAGAACUCAGUCAGUCAUUUUCUGCUACAGAGGUCGAUUCGUCGCCGCCAAGCCGUUCACCUGAAGAACCUUCUGCAAACUCAUUGGUCUGACAGAAUUACAUGUGUCACUUUAAACUUAACUGGAAUAACUUUACAUUGGUUAAGGGAGCAAAGGUUUUGUAAUGUAUUAUUCUUCACACAAACAUACACCAGAUUUGAUCUGAUUUUAUAUGUAAUACAUACAAUUAAUAAAUCAAAUAGGAUAUAUAGUUCUUUUAUAAGGGAAUACAUGUACUUUACUGUCAGAACAUUUCUACAGCAGACAAACAAUAUAUUAGCUUUAUUUUAAACAAAAGUUUAUUUACUUGCUUUGUCAAUUGAAAUAAUAAACCUAGUUAUACUGUGAAUUCCUCAUGUUCAUUUCUUAUGCGUGAAGCCAUCAAGGCUGUCAGUUUUUCAGCUCAGUGAUUUGUUGACCCAACACCUCAUUCCACCCAUGCCUCAGAUCUCCAUCACUUUUAUUGUAAUCACUUUCCCACGAGAGCUUGUGAGGUAGACGAUGAAGCAGAAAGUGUCCUUUAUCAGGAGGCAAGUGCUGUCCCAUUUGUGUACGUCAUGUUUUCCGUCAGGUCUUGGGUUCAUUUAAAAACUUGCUCAAAAUGAGUUUUUUUAUUCAAAGGCAAUUUUAAUGCAUAAUACUGACAUAAAUAGGUAAUUUUUUGAUAUUACUUAAACCACUCAAACUCAGUUAAGACGAUUGACAACUUGCUCAGUUUACUUAAUCCAUUUGUGUUAGGAUAAAUUGAGUGUUUUGAGCAAGUUGAGAGUUAUGAGGACAUGUUAUUGUUUGAUGUCACUGUAAAUCCUAAAAGUUAUCUCAAACCAUUUAAGGAAACUGGUUGCAUUAAACCAUUUAAGUUUUAAAACACAUAUAUUUGAGAACUGUGAACUUAAAAAAAUUAAGUCAUAUGCAGUUAUGCACUUAUAUUUAAGUUCACACUACUUUAAUAUAAGUGCAUAAUUGCACAUGACUCAAGUGUGUUUCACUUAUGUUCACGUUGAGCAAGUUUAUACCAUUUUGGCAUGUAUGCACUUUUACUUAUUGAGUAAUCAUGUGGAAAUACUCAUGCAGUAAACUUACUUGUGCUUCCUGUCAGCAACAUUUAUUACAUAUGGUAAAAAAUGUUGAACAAAAGCAUUUAAAGUUACUUGGCUCAACACAAAUUGAAUUUUUAACAUGACAAAUUAAGUUGAGUGAACUUAAUUUUUACUUGUUAGUACAGUACCCUAGCGUAUUAGUUAAACCAACAGGCUAUUUUUUGAGUGUAUUUUAUAUGAACACUUGUUCUACACAGUGUAUGAAUGCAGUCUUUGUGGUAUAUGGCUUGGGAUUGUUGUCUUUUAACCAAUUUUCCAAAUGUUAUUAAAGAAAAACUUUGCUUGCAAUUGUUGCAAAAGAAAGUCUGCUUCAAGUUUAGUUCGACCCCUGCAGAUUUCAUGAUACUCAGCAAUUGUUACUAAGAUUGCACC